AUGCCAGUACAUACAUACCAACAAGUCGCCGAAGACGACGAUCUCAGCGACAUCAAGCAAUCGAUACCCACACUUUCGACUCCAUUGGAUAGAACUAAGCCAAGAGGUCACAACUCGAGAUGGCUCAUUUCCAUCCUGCUAUGCUGUAAUGUGCUCCUCAUGGUUCUUGCCAUGGUCCUGGGCGUGCAGCUCUGGCGAACGCAGCAUGAUCCUCCUUACUGUAAAGUAUACCCCGAAGCUGGGAGUAGAAGAGAUCAGUGGAAGCCACUGAUACAAGAAGUCCUCUUCCUCCCGGACCCCCGCUACGUCAAUGCAAAAAUGUUCUCUUCAUCCGAAGAAGCCAAACACAUCCUCUCGAACUGGAAGGUCCAGCUGGGCCACGGCGGCAUGGUCAAGAUUCCCACCUCAGACCGUCACGGCCUCGACCCACCCUUGCUGGCUGAUGGAAUCGAAGACCCGUACAUGGAAAUGUACAUGCUCUCCGGCUUCCGUCAGCUUACGUGUCUACACCAGAUCUUAGAGUCAUAUGCAAAUCUCCGCAAUGGCGUGAAAGAUACCAAGAUCCUAAGCUUCGAUGGAGUCAUUGCCGGAUGCUUUGAUUAUGUUCGUCAGGGGACUAUGUGUGCGGGCGAUGUAACGCUGGAGGGCAAUACUAGUGCGAGGUAUCCAAGUUUGGGGGAAGAGCAAAGCUGGGGUACAAGGCAUGAGUGUAGAGAUUGGCACAGUAUUAGAGAGUGGGAGGAGGAGAAGAAGAAGUGGGAGGUUGACUUUCCGUGGUAA